AUUCUGAACUACAACAUGACGUAACUUCCAGACUACGGUAUUCCGACUGUCCGUCCACAGAGUGCUUCCUUCACUCAGGAAUGUCGACCUGAUUCGACGUCGCUUUAUUUUAACCCUGGGUUGUAUUUAAUUGCAAUGAGAGUUGUAAUAGGAGGCGGCUCUGGCUUUGUGGGUCGUGAGUUGAGGUAUCUUCUCAGAGAACAAGGUCAUGAGGUCACCGUGAUCUCGCGCCAGGCAGGUCCUGGGAGAAUAACAUGGGCUGAGUUGCAGUCAGGCGGCCUCCCACCAUGUGAGGGCGCUGUCAACUUGGCAGGAGAGAAUAUCAUGAACCCUCUGCGAUGGUGGAACGAAAGCUACAAGAAUGACUUGUUUUCCAGUCGUAUUGACACGACAAAAGCUCUGGCUCAAGCCAUCACAGCAUCCCCCAGUCCUCCUCACUCGUGGGUCCUGGUCUCUGGUGUCGCAUGCUACAAGCCCAGUCUGACAGCUGAGUAUACAGAAGACAGUGAUUGGAUGCCCUUUGAUCUGCUCUCCAAACUCGUGAAAGAGUGGGAAGCUUCUGCACUUUUGCCAGAAAGUGUGACAAAAAUCACAAAGCAAGUGGUAAUCAGACCUGGGGCAGUGUUGGGCCGUGACGGUGGUGCCAUGAAACAGAUGCUGCUUCCCUUCUGGCUUGGCCUUGGUGGCACUUUAGGCUCCGGGCGGCAGCCAUUUCCUUGGAUCCACGUUUCAGACCUGGCGGGAAUCAUUGCUCAUGCCCUGCAGCCUCCAGCUGGCACACCCUCUUCCUCACCACAGGUCUUCAACGGAGUAUCCCCCACCCUCAACACCAACUACGAAUUCACCAAAGAACUGGGGCGGGUGCUGAGACGGCCCACAAUCUUUCCUGUGCCAGGAUUUGUCAUGAAUGCUCUUCUGGGCUCGGAGAGAGCCGUGAUCCUCACACAGGGCCAGAAAGUGGUUCCCAAGAGGACUCUAGAGACCGGGUUUCAGUACAAGUACCCAGACUUGACCUCGGCUCUCCAAGAGAUUGUAGCGAGUUAAAAUCAAAGCAUGCUGCUAACUUUUUGUACCAUUUAUCCACACUGUUUGAUGACAAUAACAUUGUGAAAAGUACAGCUUGUUUAGUAAAAUGGACAUUUAUUGACAUAUUAUUGGUUCCUACAUUGUCAUUUCUGAGGUGUCCUGCAUCGUUACUCUUCUUCAUUUUGGAUCAUUUCGUUGUCCACGUCUGGAAUGAGAGGAAGCUGGUCGCCCCACUCACUGCUGCGGGCGCAGCGGUACACAUCCCUAAACAAGAAACCUCAACAACAUCAGCAAAGGCUUUCACUUUUGUAUUAUUUUCAUUUCUUUUGAGGUCCUACAUAAAUGUCAACAAAAGCAAGCCAGGAGCUCACACCUGCUGUGUUUUCGUGUGGUCACCACAACGUGCUUCAGCUGUCCAUCGGGACAGCAUAGGCGACAGUGCACAUGUCUCGUCCUGGCCUGUGGGGACGCCAACAGCCUGGACCACUCCACCUCCCCGUUCCUGUAUGCCUCUGGGGGGCGCUCUCGUGUCAGAAUGAGGUAGCUGAACUUCUCAGUCUGACUGUUGUGCUGACAAAAUGACAAACAUUAAAUACAGGGCUGUCCCUCCCUACACGCAGAACACAUGCUGUGUGCCCGUGGCGGGGUGGUAUUGCUGCCAUGAGGUAAUCUGAUACCACGUGACAGCAUGCAGUAAAAUAAGAGAACAAAUGGCAUGAGUACAUCCACAACCUGUCAGUCCCUGGUGGUGUAAUAGUACAGCUGCUGUCAUAUAAGGCAGAGGGCCCAGGUUUGAUCCAAGCCCUGGGCAUUUUUUUUUUAAUUCUGGUAAUUUAUUUUGCACUAAAAACUAUUUAUUGAACCAUUUGUUUCCGAUGUAUUCAUAUCACUCCAAAGCAUGCAUCCAACUAAACUCAUGUUCAAGUCAAAUAGUAUAAAAAUAAAUAAAAUUCUGCUGAGGCCCCCAAUUUGGCCACAGACAGCCCUGAUUAAGUGUAAUAAUAUAAGAAUGCAAUGUUUGGCUCAGACUUACCCCGUAGAGUGGCAUGUACAUCUGGUGAAAGUUACAGGGUAACACCGGUGUGAGCGCUAGUUUUGGACAUGCCUCUUCAUGGGGGCACUUGAAUCCAAAUAAAGCAACAAAAACAUUUGAAAAAGAGUGAGACAUCGCUCCCCAGCUUGAUAACAUGACGUCUUAUUACUUAUAAAUAAAUACCGGAGCAAACACUGAUGGUGGUCUGGUAUCGUGGAUAGUCUUUUCUUUCUUC